UUUAAAAAAAAAAAAAAACUAUAUGCAAAUAUUUUAUCGGUGUAUUUUGAGGGCGUUAACAUCUAUUUUAUUUAUGACUUGACGUUUUACUUUUUUGUUUUUGUUUUGCUUUUUAGAACUUGCCUUAAAAGCCGUUUUUGAAGUUUUACAUGGUUUAUAGUAAUAUAAAGUUAAUACGCAUACGUGUGCAUAUUGGUUUAAUAAUAAUAAUAAUAAUAAUAAUAAUAAUAAUAAUAAUAAUACCCAGCUUUAAGUUGAUAGUGUUCAUUUGAGUUUUGGUUGGCUAUUUUAUAAAUAUACUGCUUUCUGGAUAAGCGAAAGUUCGUUGAACCCAAAGGCUUUUUUUCGGGGUCCUGAUCGUUUGAAAUGGACCUGAGCCCCAGUGAAGGCCAGGAGGCGCUAGACGAGUUCGCCGCCCCGGCCGUGGUGCAGGACACACUGCAGAUAUACAAGCCGCGAGUAGAGGCUAUUUUCAGGGUUGUGUUUGAUAUUCUCGGCGUGCUUUCCACGGCAGGGGAGACCUGCAGUUCACACAACCCGGGCUGCACUGGAGAGGACCAGCAGGCAUGGCUGCGUCUCCGAGGGAGACGGGCCGACGUGUACUCAGCCAAGGUGUUUAUCAAGGGGCUGUGCUCCCAGGAGCUGCAGAUGGAGGUGCUGUACCCCCGGGACCUGCACUGCGUUUUCACCGGAGCCAAGCAGCUCUUCCUGGAGUGUCUGAUCAGAGGAAGCAGCGCAUUCAUCAUGGUGGGGUCUCAAGGUCAUCUCCUCCUCUCAGGCCUCACUGAGCCAGUGGUUCUGGCCAGGAGUAGGAUUCUGGACCUGGUGGAGAAGUACAAGCGCAACCAGCGUGUACCGGAACCACGUGAAGCAGCCACCAAGAGGAGAUUCAAAGCGCUGGUGGAGAGCAGAGCGGACAAGCACGCCUUGGACCUGCUGCUGCUGCCCAGCGCUGUGAAGGAGGAGCUGCUGGAGCUGGCAUCAGAGAGCACGGAGCUGGGGAGCCCCAGACUGAAGCACAGAGCCUGCGCCCCCACAUUCAACACCGCCUCUGUGACGCAGCAGGCUGAAGAAUCCACAGAACCCCAUUAUAAUCCCAAAUUAUACCCAAAGCUACCAAAAACAGCCACAGAAUCUUUAGACCCCGUGUGUGAAGACCCUGAAAUGCCUCAGUUCGACCCCCAUCGUCCCCAACUGUGCCAGGUCUUGGGAGACAGCCUGCUGCCGAACCCUAACCCCGACCCCCACAUGUCUCUGUUCGACCCUCAUCAGCCCCAACUGCGGCAGGCCUCAGGGGACAGCCUGCUCCUCUCCUCUGGCACGGAGAAGGAGUUUCAGAUCCUGCUCAAGUUCUUCACCACCAUGGGCUACCAGGAGAAGGUGGUAGAGAAGGUGCUGGCUAAGUCUGGGCUGGGGGAAGCCUCUCAGAUUCUGGACAGGAUUCAACAGGAACAGGAGGGCAGUGUCCCAGAGGAGGGGGGGGGAGCCGGGGAGGAGGAGCCCAACUCGGGCAGCGACGACUUUGUCCUGGGGGUCAUCAAAUCAGCGGCCGCCCGCUGUGGCUACACAGAGGAAGAGGUGGUGGAGGUGUACAGGGAGGCAGGCGGGGCCUCCAUCCACGGGCUCCUGGCUCAGCUGCAAGCAGACAGGGAGGGGGAGACGGGGAGGCCCCAAUUCGAGGGGGGUGAGAGAGUGAAGGAAAACCACAGAGCAGCCGUGGAAACAGAGUGUGAGACUAAACCCUGCAAACUGGAAGAAUCUCGGGAGACAGUGCAGGAGGAGAGGGAAGUCUACAGCAACCAGAUUAUGACGGCCCACCAACAAAUACCAGCAGUACUUCCUGCCCAGACCAGGCCCGACAUGGACAGGCAUUCGCCACUGACUGUGAAAGGCCCCCCUUACAACUUUUACAACAAGCAAGUCAGCCCCCUGCUGGACCCACAGCAGAAUUGUCCCGUGAGGGGGGGGAAGGCAGUGCGGGCUAAAGACAGGAAGAGAGCCCCUGAGAGGGAGGUGAACGUGGUGACCGGGCAGCAGCGCUAUCUGGAGGCCCUGCAGACGCCCUUCAACCUCACGCUGACCGACGCCCCUGGAGAGGAGAGCCUCCGACACAUCAUCAUCGACGGCAGCAACGUGGCCAUGACGCACGGUCUGGGACAGUUCUUCUCCUGUCGAGGGAUCGCCCUGGCAGUGCAGUACUUUUGGAAUAAAGGACAUAGAAAUAUUACUGUCUUUGUACCCCAGUGGAGACAGAAGAGAGAUGCCAGAAUCAAAGAACAGAAGUAUCUGACAGAGCUGCAGAAUGUUGGUCUGCUCUCCUACACGCCGUCGAGAGAGGUGGAGGGGAAGAGGAUCACCGCAUAUGAUGACAGGUUCAUGCUGCAGUUAGCAGAGAAGGCAGGCGGAGUGAUCCUGACUAACGACAAUCUCCGAGACUUCAUCGAUGAGUCCCCGACCUGGAGAAACCUGAUCAAGAGCAGGCUGCUUCAGUACACAUUUGCCGGUGACCUCUUCAUGGUACCAGAUGAUCCAAUGGGCAGAAAUGGACCUCACCUGGAUGAAUUCCUGUCUAAAACACACAGAUCCCCAGCUAUAGGCAACCACACGUACGCAGGCAGAGUUCCAACAAACCCAAUCCCUACCCCGCCGCGAGCUCAAAGUGAGGUCCUGCAAUACCAAGACCGGACACUAGAGGGUGCUGCAGGAGUGCUGCAGUACUGGGACAGGCCAGCAGGUGUCAGCAGAGCAGAGCCAGGACUGCAGUACCGGGACAAGCCAGCAAGUGUCAACAGAGAGGCCCCAGAGGGCCACACUGGGCAAAGGAGACCACAGGAGACUGAAUGUUUGAAGAGACAGCUGCUGGAAGUCUUUUCUGAUCAAGAAAGUGCUGUGGAUAUCGUCUUGAACUGUAACCCGACCAUCUGCGAUGUGAACAAGCUUUCAGAAAUGAUACUCGGCUUCGAGAUGUGAUGAAGACGCGUCUUUCAUGUGUUUUUAUAUUUGAACUGUAGUGGGUUCUGACCGGCCGGACCCUGCUGCUGCUUAGUUUAUCAUUCUGAGAUCCGCUCACAAUCCAAGAAGUGCUGACCAGACCACAGUCCCUUCAUAUGGUUACACUGUUGUUGUGGACCAGCGGUAGAGAAGACAUGUUUGAGAGCUCUAUUGAAGCCACAGGUGGGCUUUAAACUUUCAAAAAAUCACCAGGAUGAAAAUACUGAAACUAAAAGUGAAAAUACAGCAGUGUGCGAAUGUUUUAGAACACCCCAUUGCUUCUGUAUUGGAACACCCCAUUGCUUCUGUAUUGGA